AUGGAAGGCUAUAAACCAAACACAUCAAAGGUAUUAUCAUGUGUUGACGACAAAGACAUAGACCGUGCUAAUUUUAUCUGUUGCGCUUUGACUGAAGAAGAAGAAGAAUAUGGGGAAGAAGCUGAGGACAAGAUUAAGGAUGUCAAGAAGACACCAACACGAGGCCUUAUUCCAAUCUUAACUAGAUCGUGUUUUUUCGGCGGGAAGAGCUUCAACAUUUUUUUUAAUCAAUCAAGUGAAAAUCCGGGUACAUGCGAGCUACGACAAGAUAAGGAAGGUCAAGUUCUGGGUCAGCCAUAUCCACUUUGGCACAGUGCACAUGCAGGUGAUUUAACACAGGAUGGAUCAUCCCCGUGA